AUGUAAUUGAAUUAAAUUAAAUCAAAAAAAAGAAGGUAACCCCAAAGAGAAUCAGAUUCCUAAAUACUUGUCUCUGAAUCAAUAGAACAUUAAUACAACAUAAAAUAUUAAAUAUUGGACUAAAUUGGAUAAGGUAGUUAUAGCACUAUUUUCAUUGUUGAAAAUAAGCUGCAUGGUGGUUAUUAUGCAAUAAAGAAAGUACUCCAAGAUCCAAAAUAAAUCAAUAGGGAAUUGGAAAUACAUCUGAAUAUGCAUCACCCUCAUAUAGCACCUCUAAGAGAUUAUUAUUAUACUGUUGAAAAUAAAGUCAAAUAUUUGCAUUUAGUUAUGGAUUUAUAUCAAGGAAAUCUAAAAAAUGCAAUAAGAGUCCCAUUAAAAAGAGUAGCCAAAUAAAUAUUUUAAGCGUUGGAAUAUUUGGAGGAAUAAGAGGUAAUGCAUAGAGAUCUUAAGCCAGUCAACAUUUUGUAUUAAAGUGGUAACAUCUAUCUAGCUGAUUUCGGAAGUUCAAAAAAAAUCGAUGGAUCAAAGAGUUUGAGUUACGUAUGUUCUAGAGCUUAUCGGGCACCAGAAUUAUUAUUUGGAUAGAUAUUUUAUAAUACGAAAAUCAAUAUAUGGGCAGCUGGUUGUAUUUUGGCUCAUUUGGAAUUGGGUAAACAAUUGUUUUUUGGACAUAAUACUGUUGAUUAGAUAGUAGAAAUAUGUAAAUUGUUGGGUACUCCUAAUGAAUUAGAGAAGGCAGAAUUGGGAUGCUAACCUUAUAUACCACAUUUAUAAGGGAAGAAACUAAAAAACUGAUCCCUUAUUAAUUCAUUUAUUGUCUAACACAUAUAUAUUUAGUCUCUUCAAAAAGAAUUAAUUGCAG